AUGCGUCGAUCACAAAAAGCAACCUUGAGUUUCAUUUUUGGUUUGGGCGGCUUCGUCACGAUUGUCGCCAUUGUCCGCUUUGUUUAUCUCAUUAAAGCAGAUGCGGAACCCGUGGAUGUUACCAUCAACCUGUCCAAUAUUCUCAUCUGGACAGGUGUCGAGGUUAACAUGUCAGUCGUCGGUGUGGCAUUCAUCUCCGACAAGUUCAAGCAACUGCGCAAUCGCAAAUGCACCCACACAAAGGGCUCAAAGCUACUCAUUGGCACGUUGAGACCAGGCGAUACAGCCACCGUCUUGCCAUUAUCGAGCAAGAAAAGCUGGGAUGAUGGGCAUCGUCCCAUACUGGAUUCGUCAUUCGUGGUAGAGAUGGAGGCAAUAGUGCCACAUUUUGAGGCGAAGGCACCAGGGCGCUGGAUGUCAGAGGUCGAAGCAGUCGAGCCGGCGGUGGCAAUGGGAGCUGAAAAGACAGUAGCAGGAAUGGGUGAGACAUCCGUGUGA